AUGUGGGAUGCUUGGAAUAGAAACCGGGUCCUCCGGCCCAGUCUUCCACUGGAGUCACCUCUCUGGAUGUUCAAAACACCCACACCCCAGUUCCAGCAAGAAAUCCUAGGAGAUGGCAACUGUACUAUACACAAGGAGCCCCUACAGCUAUUCUGUACCGAAGACCAGACCGUGCUUUGCUUCACGUGCUUCCAGUGUCAAGAUCACUCUAUGCAUGUGGUAUGUGAGAUCAGGCUGGCUGCCAACAAUUACAGGAAUUUAUUCCAGGGGAUCUUGAAAACAUUAAAGGAACAACUUGAAGUAGCCAAAAUCAUGUUGGCAGAUGAGCAUGAAAGAGUGAUGUUGAUCCAGGAAGAAGAACAAAAUUUUAGUGAAAUGAUUCAGUCUGAAAAUAGGAUAUUAUUCCAGUUGAUCACUAAAAUAAAUGAGAAGAGCUUACAGAAUAAUGAAGGCAACCUAAGUUGGAGAGAACUUGGUCAGAAUCUGCUGAGUCACUUUGCCAAAGAAGUUGAGAAUUCCCAGGAAACUAUCAAGAGACUGAAGAAUCUGAGCAGAGAAAACAUCAUGAAACUGCAAGAGAGUGAAGUCAAGCUCAGUGAACGGAUUUCCAACCUCCAGAUGAUCUCGGCAGAGUUAGAAAGAAAGUGUGGGGAAUCUGCCUUCACAUUACUCCAGAAUGCAAGAUAUUAUUUGACAAGGGGAGAGUCUUUACUGCAUCAGUGUCUAGAGUCAGCCUGUAUCACAGAACUGAGUUUAUGCCAUGUGUCAGGAAUGAGCCACAUCCUAAAACACUUCCAAAGACCUAUUACUUUGGAUCCUAAUACAGCUCACCCCUGUCUGGUCUUAUCUGAGGAUAUGAGAAGUAUGAGACUCAGAGCUGCCCGGCAGAUCUUGCCUCAAAAUUCCCGGAAGUUUGACUUUAGUGCCAGAGUGUUAAGCGUGGAGCGUUUUACUUCAGGGUGGCACUACUGGGAGGUGGAGGUGGAAAAGGCAACCAGUUGGCAGCUGGGCAUUUGCUUUAGCUCUGAUAAAAAGAGGGACAGGUCUAAAGCAUUUGAAUGUAAAGUCUUACUCACGAGGUUCAUGAUGGAAAAGGAUUGCACUUGCUGGGUCUUUCCCCCUUUGAAAAGGGUCUCCUUGAGAGACGACAUGUGCAGAGUUGGGUUGUUCCUCUAUUAUGAGUAUGGGCAGCUGUCCUUUUAUGAUGUCACAGAGGGAUGCCUCAUUUAUAAUUUCUCAAAUCUCAUUUUCUGGGGUGCAGUCAGGCCUCACUUUUCUCUCUGUGUCCCAAAUGGAGAUUCCCUCCCCGACUCUCUUAGUAUUUGCCUCCCAUCUGCCUCAGCUGAUAAUGUGCUUGCAAUCUAG